UAGAGUCUUUUCUUCUUGUUCCUAAUCGCCAUUGACGAAGCAUCAGGUGCUGCUAAGAAAGAUUCUUGUGGUUCUUAAUGCAGGCAGGAAAAUAAUGUUCAGAUCAUUCCUUCUAAAGGCCGUGUCUAAACAGCUUAGUUAUCAUCCAGAUGUCACUAAACAGCUUUGUCGUCAUCCUUUCCAGUUCCAUUCAGAGAGAGGAAUGCACAGCAGAAAUAAGAAGGCAAUGGAGUUCAUAGCUAGAGGGUGGAAUGCUCUGCAGGAAGUUGAUAGGGUAAUUGAUUAUUGUGAGCUUAAUGACAAACGUCUCAUUCCUCCACUAAGGACAGCAAAGGAGAACUUUGAGUUGGCCCUAGAAGCAGACAACUCAAAUACGCAUGCAAGAUAUUGGCUUUCAAAACUUCAUCUCAAGUACCAUGUCCCUGGGGCAUGCAAAGCUGUAGGAGCUGCUUUAUUGGUCGAAGCUGCAGAAAUGGGUGACCCAGAAGCUCAAUUUGAAUUAGGUUGCCGUUUAAGAGUCGAGAACGAGUAUGUGCAAUCAGAUCAGCAAGCAUUUUACUACUUGGAGAAAGCUGUUGACCAGUUGCAUCCAGGUGCACUUUACCUCUUAGGUGCUGUGUAUCUUACUGGGGAUUGCGUGAAAAAGGAUGUUGGCUCUGCUUUGUGGUGUUUCCAUAGAGCAUCUCAGAAGGGUCAUGCUGGAGCAGCUAUAGCGUAUGGAUCCCUUUUACUCACAGGUGUGGAACUUCCAGAAUCAAUAACGAAAUUUUAUGUGAAGAGGGAGUCAUCAAGCAGAAUAUCAAGGAGGAACGGAGUUGAUGCUGAGCUUAAUCCGAUUGAGCUGGCCAGAGAACAAUUUGAAAUUGCUGCAAAAGCAGGAUCGGACCUUGGAUUUAGAUGGUUGCAAAGAAUUGAGGAGGAAGUGAAACGUCUGCAGUCUUCCUAGCUCACGAAUAUCUGAGACAGAGUCGAUUGAUUAGCGUACCUACAAGGGUAAGUUCUUAGCACUAAGACAUCUGAUGUAUAUCUUAGUGCAUAUCUGAUGUAAGACAUCUCUUGUUCUUUCAUUUUAGAUUGAGAUUGAUUUCUGGGAAUGAGUGACAAAUUCGAUGACGAGUCAAUGGUUGCAGCUGGUAAGACAUCUU